CUGUGUUUUGUAGAUCAGCGGUUUGUGUUGCAGGGAAACGGAGAGAUCACCUCUCGGCUCAGCACGUUGUCCGCUUGGGGAAACAGUGUAAAUCAUCAGAAUGGACAGUUUGGAUCGUUUUAACGCGUCGGAGAAAGCCGAAGCGUCCGAACUUCAACGGAUGAUCGCUGUGGAGCAGCAGAAAGCGCAAUUUCAGGCCCAGGUGCAUAAUUUCACGGAUGUGUGCUGGGAUAAGUGUGUGGACAGUCCCGGAUCGAAGCUGGACUACAGGACGGAGACGUGCUUGGUGAACUGUGUGGAGCGCUUCAUUGACACCACCCUAACCAUCACCAACCGCUUCUCACAGAUGGUGCAGAAAGGCACGCAUUAAUGUCGGACUGCAGAUGCUACCGCGAUGCUGCAACACUGUAUAAAUGCCAUUUUAACAGAAGAUAACACAACAGACGUCCUUUGAUAACUUGGUUUUUGUCCGGUGCUGUACUAGUUAACUUGAAGCUGUGACUUGGGAAACCUUCAUAUGCUGUAAAUUACAUGUAAAAAUACCAGUUUGAAGUGUGUUUACUUGCAGCGAUUGUGUGAUCAGUAAAUUGGGCUCAGCAUGCUCACAUUCAGCAACAUG